AUGGCUGCAUGGCGUCAACCGCUGCUGCUUCAGCCGUUUGUGCAGCUGCUGCUGGUUCAUGUCCGCCUCAUUCUUGCCCAGCAAACGCAGUAUAUUAAUCCCAUAGAUUUUCUUGCGACCUCUUGCCUUGGUCUGGGCGACGCUACGAUGCCCUCGGCAUUCUGCUCGCUCGACCCCGGCAAUUGGAUCAUCCGGUCGCCAUAUCCACCUGCGUUGCUAUCAAAAAAUAUGACUACAAUCACAGGCGCUGUAUCCGUGCCACAAUUUGCCGGUGCCGUAGAUAUUACCAAUUACAGCACGCAGCUGUUCCUGCCGGCCAACGCUUCCGAGGCCUUGUUCCACGUCCCUCCCAACACUACGGUCACCCUGUCGAGCCUGCGUAUUUUUGGUGCAUUUCUGCGCGUCCCAGGGCAACCCGAGCUCCCAGCUCCCUCCGCCAUCUCCAUAGGCAUGGGUGCACGGCUACGCCUCCUCAACCUCCAAAUUUCCACUACCUGCGAGUCCGUGUUCGCAUAUCAACGAUUUGCUUGCAGCCAGAGGAUGCCUUCGCCCAAUUUUAACAUCGAUUAUGGCACCCUAACUUUCUUAUCGUUCUCUUCACCCUCUCUGGAUCUCGUCAAUGUCACCGUCUCCUGCACACCUGGCGGCAAGUCCACGCCACCACCCUGCAUCUCCGUCGUCGCUUCCAGCGGCCCCGACUUACUUCUCACGGUCGAGGGUCUACAGAGGCCACCCCUGAAUGCCCAGGUGCCGAUCUUCGUUUACAUCUCCCGCAACUUCUCCCUCCUAACCGGUGCCAACAACGCGGCCCCCUCCGCCAGUGCCGCCGCUGACGCCGCAUCCCCACCACCAUCCGCAUCACCCCCGCUGCCGCCUCCGCCGAGCAGCCCCAGCAUCCUGCUAAAGCAAGAUUGGCUCAAUAUUUCUGGCCCUCAAGAUGCGGUCAUGCAGCUGGAUCUGACCGGCAGCGAGUCUCUGAUCCAGCUAGAUACCAACGCACGUGUCGUACUGCAGGAUCUGGGCCUUAUGGGUCUCCCACUGGGGCCCUCGAGCAGCUACCCCCUGGCACUGCUGCGCGUCCCCCUCUGGACGUUUGCCUUUCCGCGCCUGAUGAUCGGCACAAUAUCGAAUCGGCUGACGCUGCGAAAUCUGCGACUGUCGGUGACGCCGGUGGAGCUGGCGACGUUGGCGUCGGACGCGACGGCGCCGGCAACAAUACCGUUGCAGCCGUCGACGGACGCCGCCACCUACGGGUUACGCCUUUGCGCGCGUGACAUUGAGUUUUUCGGGGAGUCACCCAGAGAUGUCCAGUUGCUGGAGGCGCCGGUGGACGAUAGAGGCUCCGGAACCAUGGCCGCGACCGCGGCUGGUACGGCACCGACGGGACCUUCACUGCUCAUACGGGCAGCGAAAUCGCUCUUCAACUCCAUCAUCACCUUUGACAACGUUACAAUUGAACCGACCAAGCCAUGGACCGGCCAACAGCUUGGCGGCGGCGGCGGCGGCAGCGGCGGCGGCGGUGGAACUGGCAGGGAGUCGUACUACGACGGCGAUUGGCGUCGGGAGCCGCUGUGCCAGCUACUGCCGCUGCAGCCUGACGAUGACUCGCCGCAGGAGCCGCUCGAAGUUCAACAUAAACUCCUCCCUUUAUUGGAAUCGAAUUUGUCGCCGGUGCUGUUGUCGGCCGGGCACUCCAACCGGCUGUGCGUUUUACUGCAACGCGAUGCCAGCUUGCUGACGGGGCCGCCAACGCCUGGCAACCCUAAGACGUUCUCCCAGUCGCAGUCGUACAUUGAUGGCGCGGCGGUUUUGCUGGGCGAUCCAGUACGGCCGCGGCUGCUGGACACGCGCCGUGUGGCCGCCGCCGUCAAUCUGCAAUUCGAAGGGGCGUCGCUGACGCUGCGCAGCUUGGUCCUCAUAAACCUGGCCGCCGCCGGGCUACAUCCGCUGAGUACGGCAAGUACGACGACUGCAACCAACGUGGCGGAGAAGACAGAUUCUUACGCAAUGGUGGGGCGGCGAAGGCUGUGGAUGGCGCCGUUGACAGCGCCGUUGCCGUCGCCUCGCAGCAAUGGGCCCGUCGCCCCGCAGAGCGGCUGCGGCCGCCGCCGCCGCAGGGUGCAGUACGAGCAGCAGCCGCCACCGCUGCCACCGCCGCCACCACCGCCACCGCUGCCAGAGCCGCUUUCAUCUCCAAGCCAGAGUAUCAGAGCACCUGCUGGUACGGACCCCACUGCCGGCCUACCAGCCGGCCUGGCCAACUUCACGUCGUGUCUGUGGCUGUUGGACACCCCUCGCAACGCCAACAUCGGCCCCCUCAGCCGCGGCCGCCUGGACUCCGUGGUCCUGGUGCUGCCGCGUGCGGAGGUGCAGCUGUUCGCCUGGCUCACCACCCACAACGAUACGGCGGCGGUGACGGAUCCCCAAGUGGCGCGGCAGCUACGGGAUAUGCUCGAUCGCUCUGUCGUAGAUGGCGUUACCGCUGGCGGCGCCGCCGCUGCCGCUGGCGGCGGCGGCGGCGGCAAGUUGAGCGUCACGUUCAAGAUCCUGUACUGGUGCGGUCUGACUGGACGCAACGUGACUUUGGCCGCGGCGUGGCGGUGGGACGGCGGCGCCUCUCCGUCGGCGGCGCAGACCGUGUUGGAUGACCUCAUGGAACCGCUGAGGGACUUGACGCUGCCGGUGCUGUACACUGCUGACGCCACCGCUGCUCCAUCGCCGCAGUCGCCGACGGUGGCAUGUGGGGUGGCGGUGACGAUUGAUGCGGCGGCGGCGGCGGCGGCAGGGGGCUGCCCGCCUGCGCAUAACGUAUCUGGCGCCGCCCCACCCGCUGCGCGAGAAACCUCUCCUUCUGGAGUGACGGGCAGCAGCGCCCUCGAACCACGGGUCGUUAUCGUGGCGUCCUCGACGCUGGCGACUGGCGAAGAGAAGUCGGUAAUGGCGGCGGCGGCGGCAAUGGCGGCGGCCGCCAAGCAACAGCAGCAGCUACUGGUGGGCCAAAUCGCCGUGGCACUUCACACGCGAAUGAUACGAAUGCGAGACGCCGUCAUUGAGGCUGACGGCGGCAGUGACGGCGCCGCCGUCGGUGCCGUACAGGUCAUCGUCCCCUCAGAUCUAGAUCAGAAAUUCCCCUGGCUGGCGGGUACGAGCCUGUCCGACACCGGCGUGGGGUGUUUGGCUCUCGAAGGUCCGUCGACGGCGGCCGUACAGUCGUUGCCAGUCAAAGCUCCUGCCGCCGCCACCGUCGUCGCCUCCCCCGCCACCUCCGAGAUCGGGAUGCUGACAGUGACCGGCGAGCUGGGACGCGGCGCUCAAGGCACUGUUUACCGGGGCCGUUGGAAAGGCAUUGAGGUGGCGGUGAAGAGCCUGCUGCUGCACCCCGCAACGCCGGCGGCGGUUCAGCGAGGUACCGGCGGCAGCCGUGGCGCCGCCGCCUCCGCCGCUGUUCCCCCGUGGGCGGGUUCCGCCGCCCCCGUCGAUCUGGCCCACCACCGCGCCCUGCGUGAGGCCGCUCUGAGUGUGGCCGCCUCCCAGCACCCCAAUGUGGUGGCCACGUACCACGUGGACGUGAGCCCCCUGGGGGACCUGGAGGGGGAGGCGGGUGGGGGCGUGGCGUCGUACUCCUCGCCGUACUGGGGGGCCUGCUGCUGGAAGGUCACCCUCAUUUCUCAGUCUAUCAGCGGUGAUCCUUGCAGCCUCACUUCCAAAAACUGUACGACAGGCAGCGCCGCCGCUGCCGUCGCACCCGGCGGCGACGGUGGCGGCGGCGGCGGCGGCAGCGUUGAUUGUACGCUGCUCAAACCAGAACAAAUUCACACCGGAGACGAUUGGCUGAGCAACUCAUCUGACGCAUUGGCGCUCCUGGUGGAGUUGCCGUACCAGAGGGUACGGCGCGCAAGGUACGUCAAAAGUGCGGCAAACGACUCGGUGGGCAUGGCGGCGGCGGUGACGGCGGCGCCGGCGGCGGCGUCGACGGGAGUGGGGCGGUACGGCUACGUGGCCAAGCUAUGCGAUUUUGGCUUGGCGGAGGUGAUGCCGCCGGGGCAGUCGUACAUCUCCACGCCUUGCAGACGCUCCGGCCUCUACACGGCCCCGGAGGUAGCUUUGGAGGGGCGCAUAGGGCCCGCAAGUGAUGUGUAUUCAUGGGCCGUACUGUGCUGGGAGAUGGCCAUGGGCAUGCCGCUGCCAGCGGCGCUGGCGGCGCCGUCAGGCGCUUCCGUACGCGCCUGGCUAGCUGCCGCUGACGCCACACUGCCAGCGUCACACUGCCAGCAUCACAGCCGCGAAAUCGUCGACGGCGCCGCUGAUGACGCUGGUGACGACGUACCGGCGGCGUCAGCGAGUGCGCUGCCGCCGUCGCUCCUGACGUGGCCUCCCCAUGUGCCGCACGCGCUGGCGGUGCUGGUCGGGGAGUGCCUGACGGCCGAUCCGGCGACUAGGCCCACCGCGAAGGAUGUCGUACAGCGGCUGGAGCACAUCAUAACCAGGGGCUUCAGGUUUCGUUGGGUAGCAGGUUGUGUGGGCGGUCGUCAGCAGCAGGCGCAAUUGCAAUCGCAAUCGCAACCAUCACCACCACCACCACCACAACAGCGCGAUUCUUUGCAGGCAGGGCUCUUUGAGAAUCACCGCUACCAUCAUUACCGCCAGAAGCAGCGCCAGCAGCAGCAGCAGCUACAAUCACCGCCGCCGUCGCCGCCGCCACAACAACAACAGCAGCAGCAGCAGCAGCAGCUGGCGGAGAAAAGCAACAUGGGAACGGGUGGUGGUGUGCAUCCGCGGCAGGUGGACACGCCUCAUAUCGUACGUGACGGCGACCGCACUGGUUUCCUUCAUGGGGCUGUAGGUGGCUGUAGCAGCAACUACGACACGGAGCAGCCAGCCUGCUACAACCAUGAGACUGCCGUGCUUACGCACAGCCCUACCGCCGCUGGCGGCUGCGCCGUGGAUUUCCCUACUGGCGGCGGUAGUGGCGGUAGUGGCGGCGGCGCUGCGGCGUCUGGCGACGGCGCUGGCUACAGCCUCAAGUCCAGGGUUCAGCACAUGCAGCAGGAUGGUGGCGGCGGCAGCGGCGGUGCGGGUACGGCAGCGAUGGCGAGGCUAAAGGGGCAAUCGGGUGCCGUGCAGGAGGUGGGUAGGCAUGAGGCACCGGAGGGUCGCGGCACUGGCUGUGGUUUCGGAGUGGUGAGCAAAAUGGGUGCCCUCGUCGCCGGCGGCGGCAACGAUGGCAGCGGCGGCGGUGGCGGCGCCGCCGCCACCGUCGGUGGUGUAGCUGGUGGCGGCGACGGCGUUGCGGGGCAACGUUGCUUCCCUGGUGCUGCAAAAAGUGGCGUCGCAUGGCCGACGGGACCGGCGCGACCCGCGGGUCAUGAGGACAGCGGCACUUUGCCCAGGAAGGAAGUUGUGCGUCGUACGUUGUGUAGCAACAUCAUCGAAUGCUCACUCGCGCGGCAUGUGGGUAGCGUCACGGGCGAGCGGCAGCCGGCAGCCGUCCCCCGGAACGCCGUCCGCGGUACGGCGGAUGGCACUGAGCUCGUAAUGUCCCCCGCAACAACCACCGUCGGCGCCGCCGCUAACGGCGUUGUACAUGCCUGCGAUAUCGCACAAGCACCGAACGCCCAUGUGCGCUACCUCGGCGGGCAGGUACGAACGGCGGCGGCGACGGCGGCUUCGGAUGACGCGCUUCGACGGCUCGCUGUGGCGGCGGCGGCGCAGGCCGACGCUGACGCCGACGACGGCGACGACGACGGCGACGCCGAGACGGACAUUGAGUUGGAGACAACGUCAAGAGGGGAAUCUGGGAAACGACGGGCGGCGUCCGCCGUUGGAGCGCCGCCCGUUGGACCGGUGGGCGCUGAGGAUUGUGGAGUGCUCCUAAUUAGGGAAGAGGCGCGCGGCAUGGUGGCGGGAAGCGGGCUGGGCCAGCUGAAUGAAAGACCCACGGGUCAGCCUCCAUCGUCUGCUCAGAUUAUGUCCGCAGUCGACCCGGAUGACCCGAACCUGGCGGCGAUUGUGGCGGCGCUACAGGUGGCGGCAAGUGUGUCGCCGGCUGCCGUACGGCAACUGCUGCCGCCGCCGCUGCCGUCGCCGCAAGAGCAGUUACAGCAGGCGCAUAAACGAAUGGAGAAGGCGGAGGAAGAGGAGGAAGAGGAAGCGGCUGGCAGCGGCGGCGGGAGUCCCGGGGCCCUGGUAGCGGAGGAGCCGCCAAGAGGGCUUACCAAACGGGGCUUAUGCGACUUCAACGGCAGCGCCGCCACCACCAUGCCAGCUGACGCGCCAGCCGCCGCUACAAUGACCAGUCGGCGGCGGCGGCGCCAAGGGACACCCGGCGGAGGCGACGCCUCGCCGGCAGCACCGCCGCCGACGGGUCGGCGUACCGCCGCGGCAGCCUCCGCGACCCCUACGCCGUACAUGAGGGCUGGCGGCGGGCAGGAGCCCUCCGUAGUAGCGCUACUGCCGUCGGCGGCGACAACCGCACUGGCGUCGGUCGCACGGCGGCCAUCGCCGACGUUGGAGCCGCCGCUGCCGCUACCCCUUCCCAUUGCGUCAACGACCGCCGCCGCCGUCACCACCGUCGCCAACCAUACUCUGGUAAACGGCCGUCAGGGACCCUCUGACGAUGCCGACGGCGGUGGCGCCGCUAGAACGGGUCGUCGUACCAUGCCGCCAGACCUCCGCUUUGCCGGCGACGCCGCCGCGCCGGCGUCGCCGUUGAUAUUCCCCGGACCUCUCCCUGGGUUGGAGAGACAGAGCUACCCAGGGCAGCAGCAGCCUAGGUUGGCGCCGCUGCCGCCGCCAGCUGCCGCCGCCGCCGCGGCGGCUGCUGCUGCUGCGGCCAAUGCGGCGGCGGCGGCAGCCUCUGCUUCGGAGCAGCACCGGCUGUUGGGCUGCCUGGGCCGCCUGUGUAGCCAGGUGCAGGAUCUGGCGAGGCUGAGUACGGCACAUGCUCGUCAUGCCGUAGCCCUGAUGGCACCCGUGGUGGUGCAGGUGCAACUGGCGGUGGCGGUGGCGGCGGCGCCCUCCCUCCUCAGCUCCCUGUGCCGACCGCCGCCGCCACCAUCACUCUUGCACCUGCAGCCGCCGCAGCAGCCGCAGUCACUGCCACAAGAGCUGCUCGUGCAGCAGAAACAGCAGCAGCAGCACCUAGGCCAUGAUGAGCCACCGCCGCCGCCGCCGCCGCAGCAGCAGCAGCAACAGCAACAGCAGCAGAUGCAGAGCCCUUACCCAGCCCGAUGCCGCAGCAACAACAUCUGCAGCACCAACACCAACACCAACACCAACACCAACACCAACACCAACACCACCAGCAGCAGCAGCAGCAGCAGCAACAACAACAACAGUUACCACCGCUACGGCCCCUCCCGCCCGCCACACUACUGCCACCAAACCACAAGUCCCCUUCGGAACGGCACUGGAAGCCCCAGCGGGGGCCAACACGUAAUGUACGGCAUCUAUGACAGUGUUGCCGCGGGAUCGGAAGCUGCCGGUACCUUUAACCCGCACGUCCCCAGCGGCGGCGGCGGCGGGGCUAGGGCUUUCCUUUCCACUGCAGCGACGAGCAAUACGGCAGCAGCGGCGGCGGCGGCAACAGCAGCUCCGCCGCACGCGCCGUCGUCGUACGGCAACUACGAUGAUGUUGGCGCGGUCUCUCGUGCCGAAGCGCGGGAGGUGCAGAGCAGGGAUGGCCUGGCGGCGGCGGCGGCGGCGGCUACGGCGGCGGCGGCGGCAGUGGCGGCGGCACCUGUAGCAUCGAGAGAAUGCCGAGAUGACGCGACUAAGGAAGACGCGGACGCGGACGCGGCGACAGACGGACAGACGGCGAUGGAGGCGAGCACGGACACAGAUCGCCCUGGUUUGAAACGUAAGGCCCCCAGCGACGACUUCGAAGGUGGGUUACAUCAUCCGGCGAUACGGAGGUCGCGGAAUGCGAACGGGAGGAUCUGGGGCCCAUUCGACCCGCGUGCCGUGUCCGAUGGCGACGGCGGCGGCAGCGGCGCAGCCGCAGCCAGCGGCGGUAGCACGGGCGACGGCGCCGCCGCAGCCGCAACAUGCUCCAGGGAUAGCGUUAAGCCGCCGCUGCUGCCGGCGCCUCCGCACCAGCACCAGCAACAGCAGCAACAGCAGCAGCGGCCGAAGCCCGGGGAAGCCGCAAUGGCGGCGCCGCCACCGGGUCGCUCACAUUGUACGGGUGCCGCGCUGGCGGCAGGAGCCGCUGACGUGGGUAAGACGGCGUCCUCCCCAACCGAACAGGUUCCGGAGCUGGUGGUCCUCGGAGCGCCGUGUUGA